ACUCCGACAGAUGGCUCCAAACACAACCAGUAAAUCUCCACCGUCGAUCUCCAUCAUGAUCAUCGUCAUCUUAGUCGAAUCGACGGCUGCGAUAGCCAGAGAAUUACGACCGUCCGAUCACGGCCUCGAGUACUACUACGGAUCAGGCAAGUCUCCGGAGAUGAUGUCAUUCUUCGGGACGUCGGCGUCGGCGAUGACGUCAUCGUCCGGUUCGACGUUGCCGAGUGCUGUGACGUCAUCCUCUGAUGAUGACACGUGGCAGCGGAGGAGGAUCCACGAUGACGGCGAUGGAGAGGGAAGGGAUGAUCACGUGAUACGUCACGUGCUACUGGUGACUAGCUUGGUUUGCGGCUUCUCCGGCGCGGCUUUGUUAAUUGCUUCUGCUUUCGUUUAUUUCUUCGGCUUCAGAAACAGAACAUCGUCUUUGUCGUGUAAUAAUAAUAAUAAUAAUAAUAAUAAUAAUAACAUUAAUACGGAUAUUAUUACCAAGUAA